AUGGACUUCGGCGAGGAAUCCAACUGGGAUGACGAAGCCUUGCCUCUGGCAGAGGACGAGGUUGAGGAUUGGGACCAGGAAGGCACCACCAUGCGCUUCGCGGAAGAGGAUGAAGACAUGUACGAUAAAGAUUGGGACGAGGAAGCAGGUGCAAUGCGCUUUGAAGACGACAUGGAUGGAGACAUGUACAACGAUGAGGAGGAUUGGGACGAGGGUUAUUCCAUGCCCUUCGAAGAGGAGGAUCCGGGUCCGGGGCGCUCAGAAGGUGCCUUCGUCGGGAGCGUCUUUGAUGGCAUGGAUGAGCCGGCGAGCUCAAGCCGAGCCAUUCCGAGCUAUGAGGAGCUGAGCCUCCUGUACGAUGAUUUCCCAGUGCAAGGGCAGGCGGUGCAGCCAGCGGCGCCGCCAAAAGUGGCCGUGGAGGAAGCAACGAAGUCCACCAGUCGAAGUGGAAGGACAUCUGUGAACUUCAUUGGGUAA